CAUUGCUCAAGAAUGCUGUUCUGCCAGCGUCACUGCUGCCAACACUGCUGCAUCCAGCUCUCCUGCUCCUGGUGUCAUGUGACCACCAUCAGCCAAUCCCAGCAGCUUCCUGCCCUUCAGAAACAUGUGCAGAUAAAUGAGCUGUACGACGUGCUUGUGAGCCCCCUUGUGGAAUAUUCUGUGUGGUUUAGGUCUAUACAUUGCACAGGAAGGAACAGUGCCAUAACUUUGGUGGAGCAGCCUCGAAGAAAGAUGUGAGAUGCUGAAUUGGUUCAUGUUAAAGAAAUUGUCAUAACUAUGGGGUAACACAGAGGAACUGGGGUGGCCUGGUGGCAUAGAGGUUGGACUGCUGCUUCACAGCUCCGGAGUCCUGGCUUCAAAUUCUAGUUUGAUGGCCACCUGUAUUGAAUUUGCACGUUUUCUCUGUGUGUUCAUCAGUUUUCCUGCACUUCUUAACUCAAAGAGAUGUUUUUUAGGCUGGCGGGACCCCACAGCACUAUCAUUAGAUUCAGGAUUUUGGGCAUGUAUUUAGCCACUAGGAGAAGAUCCAGGGCGGAUUGAAGGGAUUACAGUUCUGCUACUUGGAAGUGUCUUGGAAUUAAACAAAAAGAGCUGGUGAGCGCAGGAAGACCUAGUAAGUCAAGUUCAGCAUAUCCAAGAAAUCAGAGUAAAAUGAAUGAAUAACAAUACUUCAUGUUAUAUAGUGCCGUUCAGAAAGUGCGGCAUUACAUAGUCUCCCCAGCCUAACAAUUUGAACCUAACCGUAAAAGACCAUACUUCUUUAUUUAUUCAGUAUUUUACUUUUUCCUCAGUACCUAACUUCCUCACUGUGUGCACAUCAUUCUCAUUAGUUUUUACCUUCUUUUUAUUUCAGACCAAUACUGCUUAAUGUUCAUUGUCUGACAGUGAGUGAGUAUGGUUGUGCAAAUCUCCACCCCCAGAUCCCCUAGACAGGCUCAGUACCUCAUGUGCCUUCCUUUCUUCUGUCUCUGUCCUUACACAGCAGGCAGGAGCUGGCAGAGCCAGCAGUUCGUUUCCGCUCAGUAAAGUUUGGCCACACCCACAGUGACUGCUCUUCCAGUGACGGCUGAAAAACUUCCAGCGUGUGGCCUCCUGCAUCAACAGUGGGCGGGUCCUCCCAUUCAAGUGUCAGUCACAGAGCAGGCAGAGAGACUCUAUAAAGGUGGCCAGCUGACUGACUGUCCUGACACACAGGCAGAGCACGAGACAGAAGAGCACCAAAUUUACAAUCACACCGGCAGCAAAAAUGGGCAUCCUCCUGGCCAAAAUCUACCAGUCUCUCUAUGGUCUUCAAGCCAGAAUCCUGAUGCUGGGGUUGGACGCGGCAGGCAAGACUACUAUCUUGUACAAACUUAAACUGAAUGAGACAGUCUCCACCAUUCCAACCAUCGGCUUCAAUGUUGAGACAGUGGAGCCCAUCCGUGGUGUAUCCUUCACAGUGUGGGAUGUAGGAGGCCAGACUAGAAUUCGGCCACUGUGGAGACACUAUUUCACCAACACGCAGGGUCUGAUGUUUGUGGUGGAUAGCGCUGACCCCGAACGCUUUGCAGAGGCUCAGGAAGAGCUGCAGUGUGUCCUGGAGCAACAGGAAUUGAGAAGGGUGCCCCUCGUCAUUCUGGCCAACAAGCAGGACCUGCCAGGGGCCCGGCGGCCUGAUGAGCUUGUGGAGAAGAUGGGGCUGAGGAAGAUAAUGGAUCACGAGUGGCAUGUCCAGGGGUGUUGUGCGGUGAAUGGGGCCGGGAUCAUGGAGGCCGUACAGUACUUGACAGAUAUGAUCAAGAGAAACCAGAUGGACAGGCACUAAUAAUGGAAUUGGAGGUUCUACCCCCUGCUCAGGACUCCUUCAGGCUGGCUUUACAGAGUAUACUUAACGAACCUCAGGUACUUUGUCUCUUUUAUAAUCUGACUGUAUCUGAACUUUUAAAAAGCAAAGCAAUUAUAAUCCUGGAGACACCCUGUGCCCCCCCAAUGUGAUGAGCUACAUGGCUCAAGAACUGCAGAAAUGGGCACAAGAAUAGUGGGUACCUGAAGCUCUGUAUGAACAUUUAUGUUUUCAAUAUUUUGACUUUUUGGUUUUAUUUCUUAUCCUUACUACUAGUCUGACUAUGGGAUGUGAUUUUGUUAGAAUUUAAAAUUUGAAGUUUUGUGAAUUUCAGUUAAUAAAAAAUGCUGAUAUCAA